AUGGAGAACCUCCCAAGCGAGAUUCUGUCAAACAUAUUUCUCAGGUUAUUGGCUAAACAACUAGCUCGAAUGAGGUCUGUCUCCAAGUCCUGGAAUGCUUUCUUAUCUAAACCCUCAUUCGUAAAAUCCCACCUUCAUCGCUCUGUCAAGAACAACGAUGGAAUUCUCUUAGUCUCGUUUCAGGGUUUUUCAUUUGACUCUAAACCUUUUACAGCACACCCCUCUAAAUCUCCUCGUAUUGAACUCACUGAUUUCGUUAUACUUCCGGUAAAUCCACAAUAUGAUGAUACUGUUGGUAGAGUUAUUGGUUCUGUUAAUGGAUUGAUAUGUUUUUCUUCUGAAUCUAGUCUUUCCUCUAUCCUUCACAUUUGGAACCCUUCUCUCUCUGCUGUGGUGGCUCUUCCGCCAAUUUCUGAGCCAUAUUAUGGAUUUUUUCCGAUUCGCUUGUUUAUGCGCUUCGGGUUUGAUCCUACGUCUGACGAUUAUAAGCUUGUUAAGCUAACAAGCUUUCUCAGUAAACCCCCAAUUGAUCAUGCAUUAGCAUCCUUCUUUGGCGGUCUUUCUGAUGUUGUUAAAGAGUGGCUGCAGGUCGAGGUUUAUAGCAUGAGAAAAGGUUCAUGGCAUUCAAUCAAUCAAAAGUUCCCAUCACACAUCACAUGGGUUGAAGAUCAAGAUGAAGUUUAUGUAGAUGGCCGUGAUGGCCAUCUUCAUUGGCUUUGUUAUUCUGAUUUGAAGGGUAAGCGACAAGUGAUAGUUGCAUUUGAUUUGGGUGACGAAUCAUUUUCUGAGAUUCCUCUUCCAGAUUCUCUACUAGAUUACAACAUGAAUCGGUUGAAUGUUUUAGGGCGUUUAGGUGAGAAGCUUUGUAUGAUGUCAACUGUUGUAGAUGCAGGAUUUCCACAUGGGUUUACAUCACGCAUUGAGUUUUGUUUUCAAGAUAAGAAUGGUGGUCUAGCUUUGUAUGAUCCGAUUGCAGCCAAGCUUAGGAAGUUCAGAAUAUCGGAUAAAGAACAUCGCUUAUUUAAAAUUGUUGAGUAUGUUGACAGUCUUGUUUGGGUGGCACCUGACAAGUGUGAGAUCAGCUGUAGCAGUGUUUCACGAUUGCAAAUUGGGUGA